AUGAGGUUAAAAGUGGUUGGUAUUACAGGUGCUGACAAAGUAAUUACAAUUGGAAAUGAUAAGUUGCUGAAGGAUUUGUUGGAGGUAAUUGAAGUUACGGGUGACCAAUGCAAAGGUAUACGGUUUGGUUAUCCACCUCAAAAAGUUGAUAUAACAGAAGAGAAUCUAGGAAGAAACUUAGAAGAACUAGGAUUAAGUACAGGGGAAAAGGUUACUUUGAUCAGCGAUAUGCCAAAAGAUGUGUCAUCUAGUAUAAGUGGCAAAAAUAAUUCACCUCCGGUUGAAUUGAAGGGUAAUCAAGUUAGAGUUGAUGAAACUAAUAAUGAAAUUCUACAAAUUCAUGAAGUACCUGACGAUAAUUCGUGUUUAUUUCAUUCAAUUAGCUAUACAAAACAUCAAAAAAUUUCAUUAACACAGAUACUACGAGAAAUAUGCGCCCAGGAAAUUUUGAGCGACAAAGCCAAAUACAAUGCCGCCAUACUGGAUCAAUCUAACGAAGAUUACGCAAGAUGGAUACUACAAAAAGAUGCUUGGGGUGGAGGUAUAGAGAUUGGUAUUCUUUCUGAUUAUCUGAAAAUCGCUAUAUAUGUGCUUGAUUUAGAUACGCUAACAAUAGGCAAGUUUAAUGAAGAAAAAUUCGAUGAUUUUGUCAUAAUUUCAUUUAACGGUGUUCAUUAUGAUGCCGUUGAACUAUUAUAUCGUCAAACCAAUGUUAGAAAAACUGUAUUUAAUUUGAUAUCGGAACCAGAGUUAUGCGGCAAUGUCUUGGAAAAGACUAUUGAGCUUGGCAAAAAGCUAAGAUCUAGUGGUUAUAAAUUCAAUACCCGUAAGGACAAAAUCAAAUGUAAUGUAUGCAAGGCAGAAUUUGUUGGAGAACGCGAAGUUGCUAGACAUGCUGAAUCAUCGGGACACUAUGACUUUGGCCAAGUGUGA